CGGUGCAGCUGUACUAGGGGCAGUAGUGCGAUUGGCGUUGGCUGGGUUGGUGGGUUAAAAAUUGCAGUCGUACAAUCGACCCGGUGUAUGUGUUACCAAGUAAAACGCUUGAGGAAAGUUACGACAAUCACUGCAGACUAUCGAGGCAUCAUCAGCUGUUGCUGAUCAUCUGAGUGUGAAAGGGUGAAAGAAUAUUUUUUAAAGGAAUCUCCUGCGCUGAGAAUUUUUUUUAUUAAAUCAUCAGCUGUUAGAGUAUCUUGAAACGUGACCCUGGAUCAUCCUGGCACUGCUGCGGUGAUUUUUUUGGGGGAGGGCUGAUGUUGUCUGAUAUCUGGGGUCGUCGCACCUGACUGUAUUUCCCGGAUUGAUAAGCAAACGUAUUUAAAAUACGUCUCGAGUUUACGGUUGUUGAUGUGGAGUGAAAUAGAUUUGGGUGAUUUAUCUCUUGGGACCAGUGGAAAUGGACAACUUUACCGGUGGUCUUUCGGCGGUCAGAUCAUUUUUUAAGGAGAUGUGGCCACUCCGACGAUUACAUGAUUGAAAUUGGAAUAUUUUUCAUUGGAGAAUAUGUUCCUGUCCAUCGUAGGGCGACAGAUCGAGAUAAGCAGAGAUUUUCGGAUUUUUAAAUUUAUGCUGACUCCAGUCAUCGGAUAAAUCAACCCUUUCGAUUGAGAAUACAACUGAACAAUUGUGUUUGUAAAUAUGUUCCCUGGACAUUAUUUCAGUUUACUUCUGGGGGUACUCAGUGCUCUCGUCUUCUUGCAGACUGUCUGGGGACUGGAAGAGAAUUGUACAGAUUUUCAAGGAGGAACAGUGACCCAUGGGCUCCUUUAUGUUCCUGGACCGGCGGUAUGCAGUCUCUGUGUUUGUUACCAUUCAGAACCAAUGUGGUGUAAAGCUAUCUACUGCUCACCCCCUUACAAAUGUAAAAGAUUCAGAGUUGGCGAGCGUUGCUGUGAAUUUCAAUGCCUGAAUAGUACAGCUCCAGACCUGGGCCUACCAGAAUUCAGGAUAAACAGUUCAUCAACUCAAAGUCACUCACGAAGCCCAUUCGUUAAUGUCUUGAGUCUUUUGACAAGUCUCCUUUUGGCAGAUAUAAUAACUGAUUAGCAUGCUGUUUUCUCGCACAAUCACAGAGGUGUCAUGUCACCGAGGUGAGAGACCAAGAGCAAGAUAGAUUUUAUGAAUAAAUAUGUCGGUGAGGAGGGUGGAAAUAUUCAAGUGUCGUAUGCAUUGUCAACUCGUUAAUUGCGAGACCGCAGACCUCAUCGGUAGAUCAAAGGGAAAGACCAAAGAGCCCGAUGGAUUCUAUGAAUAAAAAAUUGGUGGUGGAACCAGGGAAUAUUCAAGUGCCAUGUGCAUUGUCAACUCGAUAAUUGUGAGACUGCAGACGUCAUCGGGAGAUGAAGGAGAUACUUGAUGGCUCCUUGGAUUGUCUGCUUACCCUGGGGACCUCUUGUAGUGCCCCAGUUGCUGAAUCGAGUGAUAUGUGAUCACUCGCAUCGCCAAUACUCGAGUAUUUCCCAUUGUCAACCACAUGGAUACGUAUAUUUAAUAUUUCAAUGGUUUAUUGCUUCGAAUUCUUUUUUUUGUUAUUAAUGAUAAGGAUAAAUUGUUUUUCCAUUUAUUCUUCUUAUUAUACGUCCAGAAAUUUAAUUAUUGUAUGGGAGAUAUUUUUCUAAAUAGGAGGGAAUAGAACAAGUCUAUUUCAUUCGUUCAGAUUUUCAAUAAAGUGCUCGGAAUCGAAGGAAUAUGGGCAAAUGAAUUACUUGUCAAGCAGUACGAAACAUUCAAGUAGUUUAAUGAUUUUCAGCCCACGAAAUAUUUUUAAAAUUCUAAAAUUGAUGAAUUAAUGGAAAAAUUGAAAACUUAUGAACAAUCAUUUUUUCCUGAAUGCAAAUUGACAAGUUUGAUGAUAGAAAUUGGCGCUGAGAAGGCCUUGAUAUAUUUUUUGCAAAAUUCCAUUCUUCCAGAAGUAAAUUAUUUUUCUGGAUUCACUCAAAUUAACAAUUUAUAGUGCUGACGUAUAUAAAUGCUUAAAAUUACUUAAAAAGUAGUAGAAAAACGCCUGAGGGUCCUUCCGAAGCGAAAAAAUGAGAAUACUAAUGAAAAAUCAAAUUUUAUCAUUGAUAAUGUUUGAGGAAUUUCUCCUCCUUUAAUUCACGCUUGAAUUUUUAUUAAAAAUAUGAAUUAUCUGUUCUUCAAAUUAUCAACCUUUUUACAUGCGAACUCGAGUCUUUCACACCUAAUGUUAUAGUUCAUCAGUGCCUAUGCGAAAAUAAAUAUAUUAAUUUUAAAUUGAUAUCGUAGUUGAGGGGCUGGUUCUCCUUGAUUAAGUCUAAUGAAAAGAUAAAUUUUAUCAAUGCGUGCAUUUUAAUAUAAGAUACAAUUUAAUAUCAUAGGAUAUAUUAUAACUACAUGAAAAAUGCGAUUAUGUAUUUCAAAAUAGAUUUUUUAUUACGUUAUUUAACUGAAAGUUAAUAAAGGUGUUUUAAAUUUA